UCGUCUUGCAGAGUUGCAUGUGAGACUGAAACUAAUAUAGAGCUAGUUUCCCUUCAAACCUUCCUUCUCCCCCUUCACAUAAGGGAAAAAUCAAAGACACAGAGAGAGAGAGAGAGUUAGACUCCAAAACCAUCAUGACCCACAGUCCUAUAGUUUUCGUCUUUGGGAUUCUAGGUAACAUUGCCUCCUUCGUGAGCUUUAUGGCACCAGUACCGACAUUUCGUAGAGUUUGUAAGAAGAAAUCAACUGAAGGGUUCCAAUCAAUUCCAUAUGUGGCUGCACUCUUCAGUGCAAUGCUUUGGAUUUUUUAUGCUUUUGUGAAGACUGGAGAAACGCUUCUUAUCACCAUAAAUGCAUUCGGUUGUGUGAUAGAGACAAUUUACCUUGCCAUCUAUCUCGCUUACUGCCCAAGGAAAGCUAGGAUGUCGACAUUGAGAAUGAUUCUCUUGUUAAACUUUGGGGGAUUUUGCACGAUUGUUCUCCUAACCCACGUCCUAGCUAAAGGACCAGCUCGUCUCAAGCUUCUUGGAUGGAUUUGCGUUGUCUUUUCAACUAGUGUUUUUGCAGCACCUUUAAGCAUAAUGAGGGUGGUUAUUAGAACAAAAAGCGUGGAGUUCCUUCCUUUUCCUCUUUCAGUUCUCCUCACUAUAAGUGCAAUUAUGUGGCUGUUAUACGGUGUUUUUCUAAAAGAUAUCUAUGUUGCACUCCCGAACAUUGUGGGGUUAACGUUUGGAAUGGUUCAGAUGGUACUCUAUGCAAUGUACAGAAAUAACACGCCCGUACAGGAUCAGAAGCUCCCAGAACACAAAGGGGAUAUCAACAAUGAAAACAUAGCUCCAAUUGAGACUGAAGACAAACUGGAAGUGGGCCCUCAGAAAGGAGAUAUUGAGAUUGGGGAGAAGAAGGAAGAGAAGCAAGAUCUGCAGCAACAACACGAAGUUGUUCAUAACCAAGUUACUCAUGACAAAACUGAUCUCAACAACAACGACGAUAUUAAUAUCAACAACAACAACGACAAUAUUAAUAUCAACAACAACAACAACAACAACAUAGAAACAGGGGAGAGGGAGAGUAACAAAGUUUGAUGGAAGACCAAUUGUGAGGGUGUUGUGCCUCAACCUCUAUAGAAGUAUGAUGUUCAAUUUACGUCUGAAGUUGUAAAAGAAACGGGGUGGAUACUUUUAUCUAAACCCCUACACUUUAACUUAUUUUGGUUAACUUUUUAUGUAAUUUCUGUUUUGUUUACCUCAAGCUAAUCAAUUAUGCCCCUAUUUAUAGGGAAGUUCAUAGAAAUAUUUCCCUAACUAAGAUGAUAUAUUCUAUAGG